AUGCGAAGCCUGGGAGGUACGGCGGCGGUACUAGAUCAUCAUCCCGGCGAUGGGCUGGAGAAUGCGAGGAUGGAUUUUGGGAAGCACAAGGGCGAGCUCAUGGUGGAGCUGCCCGAUAGCUACUUGGCUUGGAUCUCCCGGCGGCGCAAAGGGCGACUGGCGUUGUGGGCGCCGCUGGCGGACAGGGUCUUGCACGAGCGCCACUCUUCGACUUGUUCUUCUUCUCGGCCGCCCGGAGGUAAGGUUCUGGGUUGCGAGGAGGGCGACGAAGUGGAUCCGAUCGAUGGGUUUAGCCUUGGAGCAGCGGUGGCGCUCUUUGGAUGGUGUCCGGAGAUCUCCGCUAGCGAUGAGACAUCUCCAGGGAAAGACGAUGCAGGAAGAACUUUAGAAAGCGAUGGAGGAGAUAUUUUGGAUUCGAAUGAAAGAAGAGAAGGGACCGAUGGAAACCAAGAGAAAAAGAAAAGCUCUCUCCACCAUGAGUUUAACAAGAUUUUUCGGAAGCCUUGGAAGAAUGUGGACCAAGGAAGCACUCUCUCCAGGCUUGGCAAGCUUGUGGUGGAGCUCCAAAGAUCCGGGAACUCCACUGCUCGAAGAAAGCCCAGGCAAAAGCUCUACCGGGAUCAUGAUCACGGGAAUUCACGAGCGAAGAGGAUGGUCUUUUCUCCGAGCUCCAAGCAUCAUGGAGACCAAGAACACCAUGACAACGCCAAAGCCCUCGAUAGAUUGGCAGGAUUGGUGGCGAGGUUUGAUAGCCGGGGGCACAAAUCCAGCGGUUGCUACGCCGAUUUCAUCCGCUGGUGUGGAGACACCGGAGCCGUGAUGGAUGGCAAGUUCGUCCACGGCCACCUCGCGAGCUCCCACCGCAAGAACGAGAAGUUCUUGCUAAACUUGCUGGUGGAGAUGUAUGGCAAGUGGAGAGACACGCUCCAAGCCCGGGCAGUGUUUGACGCGAUCAAGCGUAAAAACGUUUUCUCGUGGAACACGAUGCUGCAAGUCUACGUCCAGAACGAUCGUCCCCGCGACGCGAUCGAGCUCUUCCGAGCGAUGGAUUUGGAAGGCGUGGUGGCGCCAAACAAGCUCACAUUCUUUGCUCUAAUCGAGGCUUUCUCGGCCAUGAGUGAUGAUCUCGACGAUCGCGAUCGAGAUCGAGAGAUCCAGGGCGAUAGAGCUCGAGCCAUCCGGGCUCUGGGAGAUCGGAUCGAGAGCAGUGGGUUUGGAUCCGACCCAUUCCUCGCGACUGGCCUCGUCAAUCUCUACGGCAAGAGUGGGUUGGUGGACGAGGCGGUGGGGGCGCUGGAUCGAAUGCGCAGGGGCGACCGCGACGUGAUCGCCUGGACCACCGCGAUCGCGGCGCUGGCAAGGAACCGCGAGUUCCCGGCCGCGAUCCACCUCUUCCGGGAGAUGGCGCUCGAGGGCGCGCGCGCAAACAAUCUCACGCUCCUGGCGGCGCUGGAUGCUUGCGCAGGGCAGCGGGAUCCCCGGAGUGGCGCUGUGAUCCACGCCGCGGCCGUGGAGCUGGGAUUCCAAUCCAAUGCCAUCGUCGGCACCUCCAUCGCCCACAUGUACGCGAAGUGUGGCGAUCUCGAUCGCGCUAGCGCCGCCUUCGCGGGGAUCACCGUCAAGGAUUCCGUGGCGUGGAACACGAUCAUCGCCGCCCACGUCGAGAAUCGCCGGCCCCGCGAAGCCCUCGACCUCUUCGAAUCGAUGCUCGAGAAGCAUUCUUCUUCUUUCUCUUCGAGUUCUUUGAGUUCUUCGCUAGCGCGGCCCAACGCCGUGACUUUCAUGGCGGCGCUGGAUGCAUGCUCGCUCGCGGAGGCGCCGCUGGGCCAUGGGCGAUCGAUCCACGCGAGGAUCCGCGGGGCGGGCCUGGAAUCCAACGUGCUCGUCGCGAAUUCGCUUGUGGAUAUGUACGUGAAAUGCGGGAGCCUGGGCGAGGCGAGGGGAGUGUUUGACGCGAUCGAAGCUCCCACUGUGGCGUCCUUCACUGCGAUCAUCUCCGGCUAUGCUUAUCAGGGCGACGCGGAGGAGGCGCUGGCGCUCUUCCGCCGGAUGCAGCACGAAGGGAUCGUCCCCAAUCACGUCACCUUUGUCGUCGUGCUCUUCGUCUGUAGCCACCGGGGACUGAUCGAGGAGGGAUGGCGGCAGUACGGUUCCAUGGCCACCGACUAUGGGAUCGCCCCCACGAAGGAACACUGGGAUUGCGUGCUAGAUCUCUUUGCUCUUUUGAAAAACAGGGGAGGGAAAAACCCUUAA